AUGUCGGACGACGAUGACUUUAUGCAAGCAUCGGAUGAGGAGAACUACGAUUUUGAGUACGAAGACGAUGAGGAUGGGGAGGAGGGCGGUGAUGUUGACGUCGAGAACAAAUACUACAAUGCCAAACAGAUGAAGGUCGAGGAGCCGGAGGCAGCAAUUGAGGAAUUUCUCGGUGUGCCAGCACUAGAACCGGAGAAGGGUGACUGGGGUUUCAAGGGGCUGAAGCAAGCGAUCAAGCUGGAGUUCAAGCUGGGAAGAUAUAGCAAGGCUGUCGAGCACUACAAUGAGCUCCUCACCUACGUCAAGUCGGCCGUCACCCGCAACUACUCCGAGAAGUCAAUCAACAACAUGCUGGACUUCAUCGAGAAGAAUGCCGAGGAUGAGGCCGCAAAUACAUGUAUGGAGCAGUUCUACUCCAAGACUCUAGAGUCAUUCCAGGCCACCAAUAAUGAGCGGUUAUGGCUGUCGACAAACACAAAGCUGGCGAGGCUGUAUCUGGCGGCGAAAGACUACCCUCGACUUACAGCCAAGGCACGUGAGCUGCAUAAGGCUUGCCAGCGCGAGGACGGCAGCGACGAUCCGAGCAAAGGCACAUACUCAAUGGAGGCAUAUGCAUUGGAGAUUCAGAUGUAUGCCGAUACGAGGAACAACAAGCGUCUGAAGGGCCUGUACGAGAAGGCUUUGAGUGUCCGAUCGGCAGUGCCGCAUCCCAAGAUCAUGGGUGUGAUCCGAGAAUGCGGUGGCAAGAUGUACAUGAGCGAAGAGAACUGGAAGCAAGCCCAAAGCGACUUCUUCGAGUCAUUCCGGAACUACGACGAAGCCGGCUCGCUCCAACGAAUCCAAGUACUUAAAUAUCUGGUUCUCACCACCAUGCUCAUGGGCUCUGACAUCAACCCCUUCGACUCACAAGAAACCAAACCCUACAAGAACGACCCUCGCAUUGCCGCAAUGACGGAGCUGGUCGACGCCUACCAACGAGACGACAUUACGCAAUACGAGAAGGUCCUGAAACUCAACCAAGACCUCCUGGCAGACCCUUUCAUCGCAGAGAACAUCGACGAAGUCACACGCAACAUGCGCACCAAAGCCGUCGUCAAACUGGUAGCACCCUACACGCGCUUCCGCCUUGACUUUAUCGCCAAACGCCUAUCCAUUUCCAUAGCAGAAGUACAAGAUAUUGUCGGCUUCCUCGUCAUGGACAAGAAACUCCGUGGUCGCAUCAACCAAGAAGCCGGGACCGUGGAGAUCGAGAGCCGAGCGGAUCAAGAUCGGAUGCACGCCGUGGCUGACUGGACGAAGGCGAUCAAUUCGCUUGCUUCGUUUGUGUUGAACGAAGGUGAAGGCUUCAAGAGUGAUGAUGCCGGGCUGGGCGGCGGUGGUGGGCCGGGAGGACCCAUACCGAAUUUCGCCUCUCUUGGGACCGAUACCCUGGGUGCCUCGUCGCAGCGUGGGAAGCGGAAGCCUGGGGUUCGGGGGGCUGGGAAAUGA